UGAUAUUUUUGACUGGACAGAGAAGCAGUCCCUCAGUCAGAGACAGUCCUGCUGAAUUUCUACGUCCAGGGCCACCACAAGAGCAGAAUGGAGGAGAACCAGAACCCAGAGCACCUUACCAACAACCCUGUUAAAAGGGAAGAAUCAGGCUCACCCUGUGCUACCACCGAUAAACAGAAACAAACAGGAAGACAGAGACUCAAACAUCACUGCUGUCAGCACUGUGACAAAGCCUUCACGACAUCAAGACAUUUAAAGAUUCAUCAGAAAGUUCAUACAGGACAGAAACGUCCAAGCUGUGACCAGUGUGGGAAAGCUUUCAAUACAGUCACUCAUCUAAAAAGGCACCAACGCAUUCACACUGGAGAGAAGCCAUACUGGUGUGACCAAUGUGGGAAAUUCUUCACUAGAGGCAGUCAUCUAAAAACCCACCAACGCAUUCACACUGGAGAGAAGCCAUACUGGUGUGAACAAUGUGGGAAAACUUUCUCUCAAGACGGUAAUCUAAAAAGCCACCAACGCAUUCACACUGGAGAGAAGCCGUACUGGUGUGAACAAUGUGGGAAAACUUUCUCUCAAGACGGUACUCUAAAAAGCCACCAACGCAUUCACACUGGAGAGAAGCCAUACUGGUGUGAACAAUGUGGUAAAACUUUCUCUCAAGACAGCACUCUAAAAAGCCACCAACGCAUUCACACUGCAGAGCAGCCAUACUGGUGUGAACAAUGUGGGAGAACUUUCACUACAGACAGUAAUCUAAAAAGCCACCAACGCAUUCACACUGGACAGAAGCCAUACUGGUGUGGGCAAUGUGGGAAAACUUUCUCUCACGAAAGCACUCUAAAAAUGCACCAACGCAUUCACACUGGAGAGAAGCCGUACUGGUGUGGGCAAUGUGGGCAAACUUUCACUCGUGGUAGUUCCUUAAAAAAACACAGAUGCAGUCACUCAGCAUCGUGUUGAACAUGUUUUAGAGGCAUAUCAGUGGUGUCCACUCGUCUCUUCAUGCCUUUAAUAACGGUGUUGUUCUAUCCUGAGUUUCUCUACAAACUGAGAGAUGCCAACUUUAACUUAAGAAUCAGCAUCUUUGCCAUUAGCGGCCCAUGUGACCAAAGUUUAAGCACAGUGAUUGGUCAUAGCUCACUUCUACUCUGGGAGUUUUUUCAUUUUUCAACUUGAGUUUCAUGUUGAUCCAAGUCAUAGAAUUGCUGAAAGUGUGAGUAGCGUAACAUUGUUAAUGGGGGAAAAGUAACAGCAUUUAAAGUAACUUAAAACUUAAAGAAAGCUUGAAAUUAGUUUAAAUGAGUUUAAGGUGGAUUCAGGAUUUCGUUCAGGUGGUUGUUCAGACGAUUGAGUUCAGUUUAAUAGUAAUUAGAUUUGCAAUUUGUUUCAAGAGAACAAAAUAUUUUUAAAUCAACCACUUAAUGACAGCGAACAAUAUUUACAGUUAGAUUAUUCCAAUCAGAAAGAGCCUGAAACAUUAGCGCUUUUUCACCAACUUCCUAGGAGACGAAGAGAAUCAUAAAGAGGAUCUGAUCAGAGCGAAACAUAGAAUUGUGUUAAGCAACGAGGAAAGUUCAAAUAAAUACAUUUGAAAAUAA